CUCUCUCUCCGGAAACCUCGUUGUCGUCAUUGCACACACACACUCUCUCUCUCUCUCUCUCUCACACACACACUUCUCUGCUUCGACUGAUCGACUCUGCAAUUUACUCAACAACAAUGUUGCAACAAACUGAUUCGUUUCGCGUGCUUUUCUGAAAGCAAAAGCACUUUUCGAGCGCUUGAUCACUUCGGAUGCUCUUCAGAGAUCUGUUUUUUAUCGCAAUGCCGGUCCAUAUUUGAAUUUCAUGCUUUUCAGAGCUUGUUUUGUUUUGUAAGCGGGGAUAUUGCUUACUGGACUGAAAUUCCAAUUAAGAAGCUAAGGUCUUGGGGAAACUGAUCUUGGCCUUGGAAUUGUAGGAAGACGACAAUCCUGAUUCGGUUGAGUUGGCUAAGAUGGCAGUUGGCUUGGCUUCUUUAUUGACGAAGAUGAAUGUAGUAUCUACUUCAGAUCAUUCUUCUGUGGUCUCCAUAAACUUAUUUGUGGCGCUUCUUUGUGCGUGUAUUGUGAUUGGGCAUUUGUUAGAGGAAAAUCGUUGGAUAAAUGAGUCUAUUACAGCCUUGUUAAUUGGUCUGUGCACCGGAAUUGUGAUUCUACUAACCAGCGGAGGAACAAGUUCACAUCUUUUAGUUUUCUCUGAAGAAUUUUUCUUCAUAUAUCUUCUUCCGCCAAUAAUUUUUAAUGCAGGGUUCCAAGUGAAGAAGAAGCAAUUCUUUCGCAAUUUCAUGACUAUCAUGCUGUUUGGUGCAAUUGGUACUCUGAUAUCCUUUACCAUCAUAUCACUAGGUGCUAUGAAGUUCUUCAGGAAAAUGAAUAUUGGUCCCCUCCAUAUAGGAGAUUACUUUGCAAUUGGAGCAAUCUUCUCUGCCACAGAUUCUGUUUGCACCUUGCAGGUGCUUAAUCAGGAUCAGACACCACUAUUGUACAGUCUAGUUUUCGGGGAGGGGGUUGUAAAUGAUGCCACAUCAAUAGUGCUUUUCAAUGUAAUCCAGAGCUUCGACAUAUCUCAUAUCAGUUCAAGCAUAUAUUUGCAGUUUGUCAGCGGUUUCUUAUAUUUAUUUGUCAUGAGCACUCUGUUGGGAGUCGUAGCUGGAUUGCUUAGUGCAUACAUCAUAAAAAAUCUUUAUUUUGGCAGGCACUCCACUGAUCGUGAGGUUGCUCUCAUGAUGCUUAUGGCUUACCUUUCAUAUAUGCUGGCUGAAUUAUUCUAUUUGAGUGCGAUUCUCACUGUUUUCUUUUGUGGGAUUGUGAUGUCCCACUACACCUGGCACAAUGUCACAGAGAGUUCCAGGGUCACUACCAAGCAUGCUUUCGCUACGUUGUCAUUUAUUUGUGAGAUAUUCAUCUUUCUCUAUGUUGGAAUGGAUGCCCUGGACAUUGAAAAGUGGAGAUUCGUGAGCAAUAGACCUGGAACAUCAGUCAAAGUGAGCUCAAUACUGUUGGCACUGAUUUUGGUGGGAAGAGCAGCCUUCAUUUUCCCAUUAUCAUUUUUAUCCAAUUUGACUAAGAAGAUUCCUCAGGAGAAAAUUGAGAUAAAGCAACAGGUUACCAUUUGGUGGGCUGGACUUAUGAGAGGUGCUGUUUCUAUGGCCCUCGCAUACACUCAGUUCACAAGAGGAGGGCACACCCAACUGCCUGGAAAUGCCAUGAUGAUCACCAGUACCAUCACAGUUGUUCUUUUCAGCACAGUGGUGUUUGGGUUGAUGACUAAACCUCUGGUGAGAAUCUUACUCCCUUCAACAGAGCACUUAAACUUAAUCCCAUACUCUGAACCCAACUCUCCAAAAUCCUUCACUCUACCGCUUCUUGCCAACGGCCAUGAUUCAGUGGCCACUCUUGACAGUCCAAAUAUUUCUCGCCCGACCAGCUUGCGGAUGCUUCUGGCCACCCCUACCAAUGCCAUCCACGAGUACUGGAGAAAACUUGAUAAUGCCAUCAUGCGGCCUGUCUUUGGAGGACGGGGUUUUGUACCCUUUGUUCCUGGUUCACCCCUCGAACAAAGUGUGCACCAAUUGCACUAACGAGGCAAAAUACAAAAGACGAAAAAAAAAAGGUAAGAGAAUAUACCGCUAAUUUAUCACAAUUUGAUUGGGGCUGUUGAUUUGAGGUUUGUUGUUUGCUAAUUCGCAUCGAGUUUUUAAGGCGUGGGGGUGUUGAGUGGCAUAGAUAUCUCAAGAUAGGUUGCCAAAAAAUUUUGCAUUGUGGUGGUUUGUGCUUGAUCCAAGAGUUUGUACAUGGGUUUCGGGCAUCAUCUUAGCCAUAAUAGGUUGCCUAAUUUAUUUAUUUUUUGGGGUUCAAUUCUGUUUUUUUCAAAGGAUCAAUCACCGAUCCAAGAUUUUGUACAUUUGGGUCCCCCACGAGGCCCUCCGUUGAGUGCAUUCUGACUCCCGGUUUCUUCUCUCCUUAACAACAUCAGAACUUACACAUCUUUCUAUACGACGCCGUCCAGCGUCAUCAAAGUUGUGUAUAUGGAUUUCACAAUGAGAUUGAAUGAAAUUGAAGUGCUUUUCAUAUUUUCUGGCUUACAACCUUAUUGCUGCUAUGUGUGUGCGUGUGUGUGUGGAAUGAAUCCCGCAAAAGCU